UUGGCAACAAUAAUAUCCAAGUUAGAAAAUGUUAAAGAUCAUGACAACGAUCUUCUAAAUAUCUAAAAUAUGUACGAAAAUCGAAGCUUCAAGUAAAAAACUUAGAUCAAAAUUCCAUCUUUCAAUCGAUGUUAAUUCAAAUUUCCCUCCUAACCUCAAUUAUAUCGGCACAAGUGAAAUUAAAUGACUUCUGAUACAUAAUUAUUGAAAUUUACGUUUAAGUAACGCUGACGUGACUUGUGAACUCGAUAAUUAUGAAUUAUACCACAAGGUGACGAAUGCGUUUUGAAAAUAUGAUGGUGAAUUUAUAACAUUAGUGUAUAUAGUGCUCGCGGCUUUGAACUUGAGUAUCCUGAGAAUCAAGGAACUUCAAAAUGGUUAAAAAUGCAGAGAAAAAUGCAUCUUCGAAAUUGUCUGAAAUAUAUUUGAUAGCUUACAAUGGUAUACAAAGUCUAGGGUGGACCUAUCUUCUGUACCAAGUCGUAACAUACUAUCUCACCUCACCCAAUAAGUCAUUAUAUGAAACAAUAAAAUGCACAGUGCAUAUAUUCCAAAAUGCAGCAGUAUUAGAAGUGAUACAUGCUAUCACCAGAUUGGUACGUUCUGAUCCUAUAAUUACCACAUUUCAAGUAGCUUCUCGGGUGAUGGUGGUAUGUGGAGUACUAAUGGCAACUUCUGCAGCUCGUGAAAGUAUGGGUUUAGGAUUGUGUCUUUUAGCUUGGUCUGUUACUGAAAUAAUUAGGUAUUCCACAUAUACUUUAACAUUGGUUGGAGCUGUUCCAUAUUUUUUGAAGUGGCUUAGGUAUACAACAUUCAUUGGCUUAUAUCCACUUGGAAUUACUGGUGAAUUAUUGUGUCUGUAUGCGGCACAGAAAGAAGUUGGUGCAGGAAAUCUCUACUCAAUUUUGAUGCCAAAUAAGUACAACUUUAUAUUUAACUAUCAGCAUUUUCUAGUAUUCAUCAUGCUUCUCUACAUUCCACUGUUUCCAAAACUGUAUCUCCACAUGUUUGCUCAACGGAAGAAAGUUUUAGCAAGUCCUAGAAAAGAAAAGUGAUGCAUCAUAAAAAUUCUAGAAAGUUAUGGAAGAAGAGCAUGGAAGUGUGCAUACACCAUUUUUUUACUAUUAUCUUGUUAUUGAUAUGAUUUGUUAAUUUUUCAAUUACACUUAUGAAAUCAUUGUCAUUUUAA